UUUGCAACACGAACACACGAUUGUUUGCAUUUCGCAUCGCAUCUAAUUUUGACUGAAGCUUUUUCGGGAAAUUUGCGCGUUUUCGGCCAAGUGUGCUUCGCUAAAGAAAUGAACACGAACAACAGCAGUUCGGGUGCGCUGUUCGCGUGUUCGCGGUGCUUCACGAGGCACCCCUUCGAGGAACUGUCGGCCGGACAGCAGCUUUGCAAGGAAUGCAGAGGUUCUUUCCCAAUAGUGAAAUGUACUUUUUGUCGGUCGGAGUUCCAACAGAGCACGAAGGGGAGCACGUCGACGAUCUGCAAAAAGUGCGAGCAGAAUGUGAUGCAGUAUGGCAAGCCGAGUGCGUGCAAGUAUUGCAACAUCAUCGCCGGCUUCAUCAACAACAAAUGCCAGCGGUGCGCCAACUCGGAAAAGAAGUACGGCCCGCCUGUGACGUGCGACCAGUGCAAGCAGAAGUGCGCCUUUGACCGCAAGGACGACGACAAGAAGGUGGACGGCAAGUUGCUGUGCUGGCUGUGCACACUCAGCUACAAGCGGACGCUAGCCAAGACCAAACAGACGCAGGCCGAGAGACACAAAAUGCAGCAGAAGGAGCGCAAAGACAAAGGUGGUCACUACAGGCACAAACGGCCUAAUAGGGUAGACGUGACCAAGCUGCCCGGCGAGCCCCCUGCCAAAGUGGUCAAAGGCCCUCCUGCGCCCAUAAUGGAAAUAGACCCGAAUUCGAGUGACCAUGUCGUGGCCAUGACUCAGUUGAAAGAGAAAAUCGCCUCUUUGCAAAAGCAAAUCCAGCAGAAGGACGCUAGUCUCUUUACCAAGGACAAACAAAUCACGGAACUGAAGGCGAAGCACUUCACCGUGGAGCAAGAGUUGCGCGCCAAAAUGAAGUCGAUGCAGAAGGAUCACGAAAACAAGGCCGAGCAGAUGCAGAUCAAGCUGAAGAACCUGCAGAAGGAGUUGGCCACCCUGUCCAAGAGCAAGGGCAAAAGUGUAAUUAGCAAAGAAAUUGCCGCCGGCAGUGGCAGUGGAACGGACAGUCCGUCACUUGCCUGAGAAUCCUCCUCUGAAUAGUUUUGUAAAAUCUCUUUCCAUCAGACGUUUAAUCAAGUUGUGGUGAAUUUUUCAUCGUUUUGGUUUCCAACGCUGAGAAGAAGUCCCACCAGAUUCGGUCGGAUCAUAGACGAAAUUUUUAUCACGUUUUAUCUCUUAAUUUAAUUUUAAAUAAACAGACAAUUUUAUUGCAUCGAAAAUUAAUCUGCCUUUUCACAUGACCAUUGCGACAAGAAUCUUUCACCUCCCGAAUCUCUGGGAAUAUGAAAGUAUUGGAGAUGGGAGGGUGCGGUUUCAUUGCUGUCCAUUGGACUCGGCCCCUUGGAAGUAAAUACUUUCGCUAUUAUAGAAAUAUACUUUUUAUUUGGUUUAAAUGACUUAAUUAUGUUAUUUCAUAUUUAAAAAACUUUUUAAAA